AUGCCUACACCGAAGAUGCGCAUUGGGUUUCUUGGCCUCGGUAUCAUGGGCACGCCCAUGGCCCUUAACAUGGCCCGCGAGUUCCCACUGAUCGCGUGGAACCGUACAGCCUGCGCGAAAAGGACCCAACUUUUCGAGAGCGCUGGUGCACGGAUGGCAAAAACACCGGCUGACGUCGCCGAGGAUGCCGAAAUCAUCUUUGCAAUGUUCGCCGAUGCGAAGGCACUGCAAUCAGUCAUCGCUUCAGCAGGUUUUCGAGAGUCGUUGCGCGGCAAGACAGUCGUCAAUACGGGCACGGUGAGCGUCAAGGAGAGUAGGGAUAUUGCAGCACAGAUCCAGCACGCAGGUGCGGCUUUCGUGGAGAUGCCUGUCAGUGGGAGCAAAGUACCAGCGGAGCAGGCACAACUUGUCGGCCUGGUGGCGGGGGAUGAGGACGUUACACACCGUAUCGAGCCUUGUGUCAACUUGAUGACCAAGGCAACCGUCUAUUGUGGGCGAGAUAUAGGUGCAGCGCUGAAGAUGAAGUAUUCCGUCAAUCUGUUCAUGAUCACGAUGGCUGUUGGGCUGGCAGAGGCUGUGAACUUUGCCAAAGCCCAGGGCUUGGAUCUGGAUGCUUUUGCUCGGGCAACUGAAGCCGGUCCUCUGGUAUCCCCGUAUCUGAAAAUGAAGAUGCCGAAGCUGGUCAAUGAAGACUGGACACCUCAAGGCCACAUCAAAAACUGCUAUCACAGCAACACAAGGAUCAUCGUCGAGGCUGCGAGAAAAGAGGGGGUACGAACACCUCUUAUGGACGUAUGCGACGACCUAUUUAGGAAGGCGACCGAAGCAGGGUUGGGAGAGGAGGACAUGAUGGCUGUGAUCAAGACUAUCGCGCAGAGCGAUUGA